ACUCACGAUCCAACAAAAGUGAUGGUCAAAAAUUUCUUAUAGUUAUUCCUAAAAAACUAUUUAUUAAAUUAUAUCGAUAGUUUCUAAUACAAUUUUAAAAAAUGGAGUGGACAGUCCCUGUUAAUGAGAUCCUGAGCGAUAAAAUUACAAAAUUAAAUUACACAUUGAUCCCGCCCGGAUUUCACGGAGAUGUACGAAAUGUGAGAUUGAUGCAAGACAGUUUAUCCAAAUUGAUCAACUACCUCGGUGAACAGUCUGCGUAUGCUCAAGGGCUACACAAAGUAAUCACAACAGCGGAUAAACUACGCAACUCACCGACACACAUCUUAUAUUUGCUGAAAGAUAACAGAGCCAAAGGGGGUAAAGGUGACGUCAUAGGUCUUCUAAAAGUUGGACAGAAGCAUUUAUUCCUUUUCGACGAACGCAACAAGGUCUGCGAGGCGGAACCUCUCUGCGUGCUCGAUUUCUACGUGGCACCAGAUCGUCAGAGGCACGGCUACGGAAAGCUGCUCUUCGAUUACAUGUUAAUAGAUUUGGAAACGUCCGCCGAAAAGCUCGCAAUAGACGGUCCCUCGUCAAAAAUGGAGCAAUUUUUACGCAAGAACUACGGUAUUGAAAAUUUAAUGCACCAAAAGAACAAUUUUGCGGUCUCCCCGCAAUUCUUUGCCACGAUGCAAGAAAUGAGCAGUAAGCCCGGGCACAUAACGCCGGUGGCCACGCCGGCCGUCGGUCGUUUCGCAGCUCACAAGCCCGUCUCCGCUAUCGGUACAGUAAUUCACGGCGGCGGUACUACUUAUCAAGACCCAAACAAUGGGACACCUGCAUCUGCGAGCCCUGAUGCUGAAAAAAAUGGCGCCUCCGUGCCUGAACUUGAACAGCUUGCAGCUGAAGUUAAUAUAAACGACGUUAAGAAUGAAAAUUACGAAGACAAUGAAACAUAUGAACAAAAAGCAGAAGACGCUAAACCUGGAAUUGAAGAACUAGCCGAUCUUCAAAAGAGUCCCGAGAGGCCAUCGUCCCUCAAAGUGGAGCCGGUGUCGGAGUCUCCCGUUCCGGUCGCCCUCUCUCCCGCCGGCUCCACUAUCUCGCGUCGCGACUCUCAACUCACCGACCGCGGCUACUUCGACGUUAAGUUUUACCACAACAAGCUCUGGUAAAACAACCAGCUAACCACAACUGUGGCUCGCUCGCCACGAUGUUAUAUUUACUAUUAAAUGUUUUCUUAUAUAUUGUAAUCGUAAUGCUCAACGUCAUAUAAUGCGCUUUAUAUUUAACCUUGUUUUGUUUCCAAUGCGGGCCUAUAUUGAACUCGAUUGAUGUUAUUGUUUUUAAUAUAAUGUUAACGGAUAUCUCUUCCAUUGUGUCUGUUUAUUAUUUUAUUAGAAAGUCGUUAAUGUAAGGUUUAAGUUAUAAGUGGUCAUCGAAGCUUAAAUAAAUGUAAUUAAGGAGUUUAAAGAUAAAUUGGCUUUUGAAAUUAAGCUCUUUGUAGCGUUUGUGCACUUAGACGUAGCUUUGGAAAAGUAUCUUAGAUGUGUCUGCACGGAAUUAAUUUCCAGUAUGGUAAAUAUUAAGAGAAAUGGUUUUUUUUUUUCGCAAAAUCGCGGUUAUUUGUGAAUAAAUUAUAAUCUUAAAAAUGUACAACAUGAAUGCAGUUUUACUUAUCACUGGUUUUCAAGUAUAAUGUCCAGAAUUUGGUCCUUACUCAUUUGAUAGUUUGCGUAUAAACUAUAAAAACUUUUGCAGUAAAUGAAUUGAAGGUAAUUACAAUUAUAUGGCUAACGAAAUUUAAAUAAUUUUAAUGAUUAUCGUUUGACCAAAACAACAGAUUUUGGGAAUUCUAUAGCCCAUAAAUUUCUUUUUCAUUAUUUUGAUGUAAUUCUGCAUGUCUGGGUUCCAUGACGUAAUGUUAUUUUGUAUUCUUUCAUCCUAAUAUGUAUAUUCUUCGACUUUAAUCGUCAAUGUCAUCCUUUGUUUUAACUGAAUUAGGUGUAAUAUGAAUUUCGGCCAAAGUGUGCAACUUUAUUACAAAAUAAGUAUUUCAAAGUAUAUUAAACAGCUUAGAUGUGUUAUUCACUUUCUAUAAAAUAGUUCCAUC